UACAUUCUCCAAAAAAGCUUAUGUAAAAAUGCAUUAUUAUAUAUGUAAUCAAAAAUUAUUUUAGCUUGAAGUGACAAGAUUCGACGUCCUCGAUGAAGUUAUGAAUGAUGUAAAACUUCGCAUACUUUUAUGGGAUAGUGUGGACUCUUGGGCGAAAACAGUCGACGAAUGGUAUCACAUACCCUUCGAUACUCUAAACGUGGACGAUAUGAACAUGUUUAUAGCCAAAAAUUUAAAAUAUAUAGCUCAACUAGAAAAAGGUCUACCAGUUAAUCUGAUCGUGCCAAAAUUUCGAGACGAAGUAGAACUUAUGAAAGAUAAACUUCCAGUUGUAUGCUACUUAAGAAACCCUGCGUUAAAGAACCGCCAUUGGAUAUUAGUAGAGAACCUAUUAAAUCAUAAAUUCAAGCCUGAUGAACUCAUGACUUUAGAACUAUUGGAGAAUCUAGGCGUGUUCAAUAAUCCUGCAGAGCUAAUGGAGAUAUCUGGACAAGCUAGUAGUGAAGCAGGACUAGAAGCAUUGUUGAAAAAGGUGGAAGAAGCAUGGAAAACUCUCGAAUUGCCCAUUAUUUCUCACAAAGAUGCCAAAGAUUUAUUUAUUCUAGGAUCACUUGAAGAUGUUCAAGCUAUUCUUGACGAAAGCAAUAUUAACAUGACAACUAUUGCUAGUUCAAGGCAUGUGGGACCAAUUAAACCUCGAGUAGACGAAUGGACCAAAAACUUAGACCUUUUCUCGAGGACUCUGGAUGAAUGGACAUCGUGCCAGCAGAGCUGGCUAUACCUUGAAGUAAUUUUCUCCGCACCAGACAUCCAACGCCAGCUGCCGAACGAAGCCAAAUUGUUUACCGUAGUCGAUAAGUCUUGGAAAGAAAUAAUGAGGCGUACGGCGAAAAUGCCUCUUGCUAUGGAAUCGGCUCUAUAUCCAAACACUUUGGAAACCUUCCUAAGGAAUAACAGUCUAUUAGAACAGAUCAUGAGAUGUUUAGAGUCCUAUUUAGAAACCAAGCGAGUAGCCUUCCCCAGAUUCUAUUUCUUAUCCAACGAUGAGCUUUUGGAUAUUCUCGCUCAAACUAGAAACCCCCAUGCUGUUCAGCCUCAUCUAAGAAAAUGUUUUGAUGCUAUAGCAAAGUUAGAAUUUGGUGUUAAAGUGCCAGACGAACCAGAAGAAGUCGAUGCAAAGGUAAAGGAUGAGUCGCCAGUGGAGGUAGUCCUGACAACUGAUAUUAUAGCUAUGAUCAGUCCCGAAGGUGAGAGAGUGGCACUUGGAAAAGGACUAAAAGCUCGUGGAAACGUAGAAGACUGGCUAGGCAAAGUCGAGGAAUCCAUGGUACUUUCUCUGAAAAGGCUAAUGAAAGCGUCCUUGAUCCAUUAUCAAACCCACCUAAGGACUGAAUGGGCACUGUGUCAUGCCAACCAAAUAAUUCUCACUGUAUCGCAGAUAAUGUGGGCCAAAGGUGUUCACGACAUUUUAGACGCUCCAAAUAACGUUAACAAAUUUAAAAAGAUGGAACAAUAUGAACAAAAAUGUAUAUCUGAUUUAAAUGAUUUAGCUAAAUUGAUAAGAAAGGAUUUAGCUUCAGUCCCAAGAAAAGUUCUUGUUGCAUUAAUAACAAUUGAUGUCCAUGCAAGAGAUACUGUUAGUAAUCUCGUGGCCAGCAGAAUUACCAACAGUUCUAGUUUUGAUUGGCUGAAAGUCCUGCGAUACUACUGGCACGAGUCUAUCGAUGACUGUCAAACUAGAAUGUCCAGUGCCUCUUACAUAUAUGGAUACGAGUAUCUAGGAGCCGCAGGUGUACUGGUCAUCACUCCUUUAACUGACAAAUGCUAUCUCUGUCUUAUGGGAGCCUUGCAGCUCGAUCUGGGUGGAGCCCCUGCAGGUCCUGCUGGUACUGGAAAGACAGAAACUACUAAAGAUUUGGCCAAAGCCUUAGCCAUUCAAUGCGUUGUAUUUAAUUGCUCAGAAGGUCUUGAUUACAAGAUGAUGGGAAGAUUCUUCUCUGGAUUGGCGCAGUCUGGUGCUUGGUGCUGCUUUGAUGAGUUCAACAGAAUUGAUAUAGAAGUAUUGUCUGUUAUAGCACAACAGCUGAUAACUAUAAGGAAUGCAAAGGCUGCUAAAGUACCAAGGUUAGUAUACAGUGGCUAA